CGUGACGCGGGGGCCAGCGAGGGCGCGCGGCGGCCGGCCCCGGCGGCGGCCCCGGCGGCAGCCACGGCGGCGGCGCCGGCGGCGCCGGCGCUGCCGUUAGCUAUCACACAAGGCAGCGUCGGCGCUACGGCUGGGGAUGCCGGGACGAGGUCGCUGGACGACCUCCUCGCCGCACGGGGCAGCGGCGGCGGCGGCACGCUCUCGGCGUCGUGGCACCAGCGCCGCGCCGGCGCGGCGCUCGCCUCGGGCGUUGCCAGGAGCAGCAGUGGCGGCGGCGCUGGCGCGCGCGUCGCCGCCGGCGGCGGCGAGGCGGGCGGCGUGCGGCACAGCGGCGAUUGGGGCGCAUGGCAGGCGAGUCCUCAGCACAGCCCCACCUCGCCCGCCGCGCGCGGCUCCGCAGGCGGCGCAGCCGGCGGCGGCGGGCGCCCCUCUGCGGGCGGCGGCGCCGUCACGCGGAGCGCGGACGGCAGCGGCGGCGGGCGGCAGGAGGGCGGGGACGGCAAGCGGCGGUCGGCGCCGGGCGGGUCGCUGCUGGGAAAGCAGGGCAGCCUGCUCAGCCCCAAGCACAUGGACGAGUGGGCAGAGUGGUGA